AUGUUCGCAGACUUGAAUAUUCCUUUUAUUUACACUGAGAAUGCGAUCGCUAAUAAAAAGAAAGGAAAAACUCCUACAAAUUCACUACAAAUUGAUAGGGACGAUAGCGAAUUACAAUGGUCUGGUAUAAACAGCAACGAUAGAAAAUCUUUAGAGACACGCACCAGAAUGCUCAUACACCUCGGUUAUCGUGUUUUAGCUUACGAACACUACGUUAAAAACUUCAGUAUAGCAUCUAAUAGCAACCCAUUCCCACAAAAUCGACCUGUUUUCCCUGACCUCGAUACCAGAACGACGAGUGCGACGCGGUCAAUAAUACAAUUGAGGAGACUCACAAUCGAGCUGGAUGAAGGUACAGCAGUAUCUUCACAAAUUUCUCAAGCUGCAUCUAGUGUUUUCAGCGGUUAUGAUAUCCUGGCCGUCAAAGUAGUCGGUCCAAAUAGCUUCAACAACGCGUGUUUAAACAUGGCGGCACCCUCACCAUUCGCUAUCAACAUAAUUCAAAUUGAUCUCGCCGCUAACACUCGUUUACCGUUUUUCUUCAAGAGGAACACCGCCGGGAAGGCAAUAUCUGACGGUGCAUUCUUUGAAAUAUGCUAUGGAGGAGCACUAGAUGGUAGCAAUGAGUAUGGUAGGAGGAAUUUGAUAGCUGGUGUCAAAGAAAUUGUCAGAGUUACAGGUGGUAAGGGUAUUAUAUUCAGCAGCAACGUGAAAAAUGCUUUGCAUUUGAGAUCACCGUACGAUGUUAUUAAUUUAGGGACAGUGUUUGGUAUCAACCAAGCUACUGCAAAGGAGGCUUUGUUUGACAAUUGCAAGGCACUCAUCAGUAACGCAGAAUCACGGCGGUUGUUCAAGGGUAUAUUUGAUACCCCAAAGAUCCAUCAAGCGCCUUCGAAGCGAGCAAACACAGAAGAGAGUACAAAUAAUAACAACACAAAAAACAAAAAAGCUAAACGACAACAAGAAUAACAUUAAUGCGAGAUAAUAUUCAAUCAUACAAUCGUAGAGAAGUGCAUUAUGACGUCAUACAAAGUUAGCUAUCCACCGAGAGUGUUUGACGAUUCUGUGUCGACAGUGCCUUGGCUUGAGAGGGUAUGGGCAGCACCUGGGUAUGAUGAGUUGUGCGUAUCCUCUUUUGCUAAACCAGAAAGUUCGGUUGAGGAAGUUGAUUGUGGAGUACCAUCCUCUGGUUUGGAAUGUAUACCUGAGUUUGCAGAUAAAGUGCCACCUGUGCCAUCCAGGCCUGCUUGGUUUGACCUCGAGAAAGCGUUUCCAUAGGCGUUAACGCC